AUGGGCUCCCAUUCGGUAUUCCCCUUUUUACGCCUUCCUGCUGAGCUCAGGCUUGAAAUCUACAAGCACGCCUGGACUGUUUCGGAGGAAGACCACGUGUACCGAGUCGACUUCCGCUACAAGGAUAGCAAGUUCAGACUUACAGUUGACUACCUGAAAGCUCAACUUUCGGCAAUCCGCAAGCUUGGUGCUAUCAGCCAGCGCAUCCGAACGGAAUCUUAUUCGGAGUAUUUCGACCACACGCAAAUUAUGCUCCGCUACGAGCCGGCCGUGGAAAUCGACGCCAAUUCUGACAACCACGGCUGGGAUGACCGCAACAGAAGCGCACUGUACAUCAUCGGCAGCUCGUACCUUCUCCAGACUCAGGCGCGACACGUCUACCUGCAUUGGCCUGCUCGUCCAGAAUACACUGUUUUCCAGAUAAUUUUUGGUGUGGGCCACGUGGACAACCGGAUGCAAGAAGAGCUGCUCAACGAGCAGUGGGCUGUUGAGUGUCUCUCUCGCUUCAGGAACCUGAAAAGUUUGGAUGUUCAUGUGGGUGAAGGCUUAGUCCAUCAAAUGUCGAAACUUUACGGGAUGAAAUUCAGGCUUAGGAUUUGGCAUGCCGAAUCCGAUCACGAUUACAGUGGCAAGAAGAAGCUCAAGCGCUUGUUCUAUGAUGGCGAGCGCCGCGCAAAGCUGAUCGAGGCGUUGAAGACGCAUCGUCGAAAGUUGGAGAAAGCGGUUGUGCGGACGGACCUUACUUACCCCGAAGAUAUCAAGGAUUUAAAUGAGAAUCAGACGUUCCGGUGGUGGCGCCGGCUCAAGAAGGACAUCGCAGUUUUGGCUUCCGAAGGCCCUUCUAGCGCGGUAUGUACAUAA